GCCGGGUGCGGAACCCGGUGCCCAUCCGGGGCCAUGGCCGCUCGGGAGCCGCAGCAGCCGCAGCCCCCGUCGGGCAGCGCCGAGCCCGACGGUGCGGGCGGGUACGAGGCGGUGGCUCCGCACUGGUUCUAUUGCAAGGUCACGGACGGACGGGAGCGCUGGGUCCCGUUCAGCGCCCAGGACUCGGUGCGCCUGGAGGAGGCGCACGGAGCAGGGAAGCACAAGGAGGAUGUGGUUGUCCCGACGUCGGGUGGCAGGUACGACGUGCACCUGAAGCAGCGGCAGCGUGUUGCUGUGUACUGGGAGGAGGAGGUGGCCGAGGUGCGACGCUGCACAUGGUUCUACAAGGGAGACAAGGACAACAAGUACAUUCCCUACUCGGAGACCUUCAGCCAAGAACUGGAGGAAGCUUACAUGACUGCUGUGACCCAGGAUGAGUGGAAGAAGAAACUGGAGUCCCCUAGCAGGGAAAUCAUCAUCCUGCACAACCCAAAGCUGAUGGUGCAUUACCAGCCUGCUGCCACCUCCGACGACUGGGGCUCGACUCCUACAGAGCAAGGGAGACCUCGGACUGUGAAGAGAGGAGUGGAAAACAUCGCUGCUGAGAUCCCCAAUGGGGAGCCGCUGCAGAUCGAUCACUUGGUGUUUGUGGUGCAUGGGAUCGGACCAGCCUGUGACAUCCGCUUCCGGAGCAUCGUCCAGUGCGUGAAUGACUUCAGGAGCGUCUCCCUGAGCAUGCUGCAGGCACACUUCAAGAGAGCCCAGGAGCAGCAGCACAUCGGGCGCGUGGAAUUCCUGCCUGUCAACUGGCACAGCUCCCUCCACUCCACCGGCGUGGAUGUGGACCUGGAGCGCAUCACUCUGCCCAGCAUCAAUCGCCUGCGUCACUUCAUCAACGACACCAUCCUGGACGUGUUCUUCUACAACAGCUCCACCUAUUGCCAGACCAUCGUGGACACGGUGGCCUCCGAAAUGAACCGGCUCUACCAGCUCUUCCUGCACAGGAACCCACUCUUCAAAGGGGGGGUCUCCAUUGCGGGGCACAGCUUGGGGUCCCUCAUCUUGUUCGAUCUCCUGACCAACCAGAAGGCUGCUCCUGAGGAGGAUGAGCACCAAGAGGGGGCCAGGAGAGCAGCAAGCAGCAGGGGGGUGGAGGAUGUCAAAGCAAUCCUGAAGGAGCUGGAGCUGUGGGAAUACUGUGAGGUUUUUGAGAAGGAGAAGAUGGACAGACAAGCACUGUUCUUGUGCACAGAGGCAAACCUGAAAGAAAUGGGAAUUCCAUUAGGACCAAGAAUGAAGAUACUUCAUUACAUCAGCUCCAAGAGGGAGACGCAGGACCAGAGCUCGGCAGCUCCCGAGCCCAAGGAGAGCAGGUCCCCAGCACAGCCCAGCCCGGAUCCCACAGAUGAAGGCAGGAAUUGCCAAUACCGGGACAUUGGCUUGGGCCAGGUGUCAGCAAACUACCCCCAGCUGAACUACAAACCCAGCAUCUUCUUCGCCUUCGGGUCACCCAUCGGGAUGUUCCUGACCGUACGAGGGGUGAAGAGGAUCAACCCUGACUACAGCCUGCCCACCUGCAAGGGCUUCUUCAACAUCUUCCACCCUUUCGACCCCGUGGCGUAUAGGAUCGAGCCCAUGAUCGUCCCCGAUGUGGAGUUCGAGCCCAUGCUGCUGCCCCACCACAAGGGCAGGAAGAGGAUGCACUUAGAGCUGAAGGAGGGGCUGACCCGCAUGAGUGUGGACCUGAAGAACAACCUGCUGGGGUCCCUGCGGGUGGCCUGGCAGUCCUUCACCCGCGCCCCAUUGCCUGCCCUGGAGGCACCGGCUGCUGAGGGUGAGGCAGAGGCAGAGGCCAGCACGGAGAGGCAGCCAGACACAAAGGCAGAGGAGCCCCCCCCAGCAGUGAAGGAAGAGGCCUCCCCCAUUAACGUGGGGAGGCUGAACGGAGGGAACCGCAUCGACUACGUGCUGCAGGAGAAGCCCAUAGAGAGCUUCAACGAGUACCUGUUUGCACUGCAAGGACACCUCUGCUAUUGGGAGUCAGAGGACACCGUUCUGCUGGUCCUGAAGGAGAUUUACCAGACCCAAGGCAUUACAUUGGAUCAGCCUUUGCCAGGGAGCCAGUGAGCAUCCUGUGCUGUUGUGGCCACUUGAUGUAAGUCACCCCCUCUCCCUGCACUAGGGAUUUCCUGGGAUACCUCGGAGGACGUUGGUGCUUGAGGGAAUGCUGGUCCUUACUUGCAGGCAGGAGGUUGGGAGUCAGCACCUUUGGCUCCUCUUGCCCUGCCCAUAAGCACUAUGAGACAGAAGGAGACCCAAUAAAUCACUGCUGUGAAGAUAAGGGCAGCAGCGAGUGCAUUCCCAUGGGUGCAAUCCAUAAGGAAGCGACCUAUGGAUACGGAAUACACGUGGCCUGUGCUCCUCACCUCCCGUGUUCUCCUCCUGGUGGUUGCUGGGUGCAUUGGCCUGCCCUGGUGCAGCCAUUCCUCUGUUCUUCUGCCUUCUUAGAUCCCAUUCAUGCACCAGGGAGGUCCAGAUUCCUCCUCUGCCUUCCUCCCUGCUCCGCUGCUGUGUCCUGCAUGCUGCUCCCUGCGGAUAAGGACGAUUUCCCCCCAUUUAGGGUAAGGGCAGAGGGAUGAAAGCAUCCAAGGAACCCACUUCUGCUCUCCCCCAGCACCUGAGUCCUUACCCCUGCACCUCCUGCGGUCCCCAUUGACCCCAAAGCAGAGCAGGGCUCAGGGCUGAGUGAAGGGACCUGGAGGAGCCAAAGCCUUAACCCUGUGCAGCAUGGGGAGCACUGCAGCAGCCUUGACCUCCCCCUGCCACACCAGCACCAGGCCUCAGCACCGCGGGCUGCCAUAGAGCCAACAGGAACGUGCCCACCAGCCCUUGGCAUCCCUUUGGAGCACACGGUCCCAGUGGCACCAGUGCGGGCUGGGAUGUGCUGGCUCUGCUCUAAGGGGCACAAGGAGCCUCUGGUGAUCCCUGCAGCCGCUGCACUGCUGGGUCAGGGCCUUUGGGAGAACCAAACCACUUCUCAUCCCACUGAUGCUUGUCCUGCAUGGGGUCUGGAGCCUGCACCCGCUGCCUGUUUGUUGUCCAUCCCCCCUGCACCCCAUUGUUUGCACUAUUGGAAAGGGGGUGUCUGCAGCCUCUUCCCAAAGGAACAGGGGCUGGUCCAUACCUGACUGCAGCCAAGCUCAGCCGGGUGCCUGCUGAGAGCAGGGGCAGGAAGGGUCUCGCAGGGGCCGCUCGUGAUCAGCUUUUGAAGCUCAGCACUUUGUGAACAGGGAAGUUAAACACGUUUUGAACAUUAUUUCAUGUCUUUUCCAGUAAAAGCCAAACUAA